AUGGCCUCUCCGAUCGAUAUUAUCAAAGAAAAACAUCGUCGGAUGAUAUUGCUGUGGAACUCAAAAAAAUUAGAAGAUAUCGUAACGACGAUGUGUGCUUCCGAUGCUUAUCUCUCAGAAUAUGGUAUUCUUCGUAAAGGCCAUCAUCAAAUACUCAAUGCACUGGAAACUCAUUACAGUACGACGUAUAAAUCUUCUACAAUUGAAUUGUUAUCGAUUUCUGACGAUUGUUUUGUGGAAACAAUAGCGUUCACAUUGGGUGACCGAGUCGGUUUUUGUCACCUUACUUGGAAAAAAAUAGGUGAUGAUUGGAAAAUAACUUGUGGUCUGUGGAGUUGCUCGUGUAAAGCAUUAUGA